AUGCUAUCCAGAUUUGGAAAGAAAGGGAAACUGAGCCCUCGUGAUGUGGGUCCUUUUGAGAUUUUGAGACGCGUGGGGAAGGUCGCGUAUGAGUUAGCAUUACUUCCUCACUUGCAAGAUAUUCACAAGGUAUUCCAUGUGUCUAUGCUGAAGCGUUAUCUUCCUGAUUCUAACUAUGUGAUAGAAUAUGAACCUAUCGAGAUCCAACCAGAUCUGUCUUUUGUAGAAAGACCAGUACAGAUAUUAGAAAGGCGAGAGAAAGUACUUAGGAAUAAGUCUGUAUCCUUAGUACGAGUUUUGCAGAGAAAUCCUAGAGUGGAAGAGUCGACCUGGGAACUUGAAAGCGAAAUGCUUGCCAAGUAUCCUCAGUUGUUUUCGUAA